AAUUCGAUUCGAUGGAUCAUUCCCCCGCUUCCAACCGUCUUUCGGCUGUCCUUUCUCAGGCUGUCUCAACAACGAACGUUUUCAUCUCACUUGUUCACAGCGAUGUCCCUCGAUCAUGCAGCUCUCUCAUGCGAUCUAAUUUGUCCCAUCACUCUAGAGCUUCCCAUCACGCCCGUAACUGCUGAGGACGGGUACGUCUACGAAAAGGAGGCAAUCGAAAUGCUGAUCAAGACUCAUCGUGACAAGCUCAAGUCGCCAAUGACAAACGCAGCAAUGGGACAACGCCUUUUCCCCGCGGUUCGACACAAGAACGUCAUCGAAGCUCUCGUCGACGGCGGGGUAGUCAACGGUGAGUUAGCUGAUAAAUGGAAGCGCGAAGCGAAGGAGAAAAAAAGCAAGGACGACUUGCUUCGAAAGGCCUUCGGCGGCGAUUCCGACGCUUUCUGCGCCGUGGCGCAAAACUACCGGGAGGGCAAGGCUGGUUUCGAGCAAGAUGACAAGAUGGCUUGUAAAUGGUUCAAAAAGGCACAUGCAGCCGGAAAUGUGAAAGGAACGUCAAACUUUGGAUAUCAUAUUGUCAAGGGAAAGGGGACGAAGACUUCCCACGCCAAAGGCAUGGCUCUCAUUGGAGUGGCGGCUGGCAACGGCUGUGACUGGGCCGCUUACUUCAUGGGAAGAGCUUUUGCUUCUGGUAGCUACGGUUUGGACUUUGACAGGGACGAAGCGAUUCGAUGGCUGUCGAAGUCAUUGAGUGAUUGUCGCGUCACACAGUUGGGAAAGAAAGGACGCGAGGAAGCAAAGAAGAUGCUUGUGGAGCUCGUGAACAACGCAGAAGCCGAUGCUACAACAAACACUUAAGAAUGUUGACUUUCAAAGCAGCGAUGACAAACAAUUCGUUCCCCUGCACUCGCAAAAGCAUUCGACUAACUUUGUUGGUGGAUGCAUGACAAUACAUUAAUUCAGGGCGAAGGCGGCUACGUACAUUAUCACACAGAUACCGUACCGUAGAUUUUCCCAAAAACCGUCUAAUCAAAACCAAAAGUUGACGCUAACGCUUGUAGUUAACGAUCGUACGUAGUGCCAUGCCCUGGCUGGAAUGUGCAGAGCAUCACCGGGGAACAACAAGACUUCCUCGAACUUGGCUUCCUUGGCGAGGGGAUGAAGCUCAACGUUUUCGCGUUCACAAUCAAC